CAAAGGAUCAAGAAGCUCCUACGUCGUCCUGCUGUACCCCAAGGGCUCACUGAUGACAACGAGCUACCGUUUCAACCUAUUGAACCAAGCAGUCUCACUGGUGAGACGUGGACUAUAAUUUUGCAACGCUAUGGGGCAACAACAGCGGAUACAGAAUUUGUUGAGCUCAUUUGUGAUAGGUCCUAUAUCACAUUGGCCAACUUAGUUUUACUAAAAACAAAGUUGGGGUACAGUAUGCGGGACUUCAUGUACUAUCUGAAGCGAUGUGGCAACGACUCAGCAAGCCUCAUCUUGCUUGAUUAUGACCACCAAACAGAAUCUAUGAUGGCUGCCAAUGAGGUUGAGAGGAAACUCAGACUAUUGAUAUCAACAAAGCAACCAUCCGAAUUAAUGAAGUCUAUAACGCCCAUGAAGCGACCAAGGGGGACAACUACAAAAAGUCGUAUAGAUGUACCUACUGCAGAAGAACCAAUUGAUGCAUACAAGGAAUGGCUUGAAAUCCUGCAACAAGAGCAACCUAAAACGGAGAUGAUUACAGGGACGAAACCAUCGAGGCAUAUAAAGAAUGGUUGAGGCGUAAAGGCUCUCUUAGAGACAUCUGUAAAAUCUACUCUCCUGCUCUCCUAUUUAUAUAUAAAUAUAUUGUAACUACCAUGUGCAAACUAUAAAUUUGACAAACUGACCAUUCCAUUAUAUGUAGAUGCAUAUGCACAAGAUGAUGAUGCCAAUGACAAAGUUCGAGUUGCUGCUGAUGAACACCGUACACAUAGCCCGUCACCAAAAAAAAGAAUGGCCAUCUCAUGCAAGGCGUAGAUCAAGAAAAGGGACAGGUGCAAAUGAAGGUUGUAAAAAAAAGGGCGUGGUACCCUCAAGGGUUUAUCAGCAGCCAUAAAGAGAAUAAAGAGUGGCUCCCAGAAACUAAAAAUUGAUUUUUCAUCAAGCCUGGGAGGCCCCAUAGGGCCUAACUAUCGUGCAUUUGUGAAUGAAGUAGUGAUGUUUACGAGAAAAAGGGCUCCGCUUAUUGGAGUGAAAGUUUGGAAAGACAUAGAUGAAAAUGUGAAAAAUUCUAUAGCACUCGAUGUAAUGAAUCGGUGGGAGGUUGAAAACACUGAGGAUGGUAAAGAAAAAAUAUGGGCUGUGGCCAAGGAGCGGUACAAAGGAUGGCGCUCAAUUUUCAGUGCGACUUACAAGGCAUACGGCAGUUAUGAUGAAAGAAUGAAGAACAAGCCUGACAACUUGGACCUUGUUGAGUGGCAUUAUUUGAUCCUGUAUUUUGGAAGUGAAGCUUUCCAGAAGAUAAGCAACAGGAACACUAACAACCGUGAGCAAAAAAGGACCAAUCAUUGCACGGGAUCCAAACCAUUCUCCAAACUUAGCGAUGAGCAGAGAGAUCCCGGAACAGGUGAAGAACCAACUGAUGUUGACCUUUGGAGGAUUACACACGUGAGGAAUGGAGUAUGGUCCGAUGAAGCUUCUCAGGCUGUCUAUGUUAGUAAUGCAGUUAGUUCAGUUCUCACAUCAUGA